AUGAUGUACACAAUGAAGAAGGAACAUGUAUUUUGGGCCUCUGUGUGUCUGCUGCUUAGUUGUGCCCCUGCCCCUCUUAAUGCUGGUUCUGAGGAAGAAGCAGAACUGACCAACAUUACAGAUAUUGAGUUGCCACCACUGAAACUCAUGAAUUCAUUUUGUGCAUUGAAAGCAGAUGAUGGCCCAUGCAAAGCAAUGAUGAAGAGAUUUUUUUUCAAUAUUCACACUCAACAGUGUGAAGAAUUUGUGUAUGGGGGAUGCUAUGGAAAUCAAAAUCGAUUUGAAAGUCUGGAAGAGUGCAAAGAAAAGUGUGUAAGAGAUAAUUAUCAAAAGUUUACAAAGAAAACUUUGCAAAAAGAAAAGCCAGAAUUCUGCUUUUUGGAAGAAGAUACUGGAAUUUGCCGAGGUUAUAUUACUAGGUAUUUCUAUAACAAUCAGUCAAAACAAUGUGAGCGUUUCAAGUACGGUGGGUGCCUAGGCAAUCUAAACAACUUUGAAUCAUUGGAAGAAUGCAAGAACACCUGUGAGGAUGCAUUGGAUGAUUUCCAGGCGGAUGCUUUUAGAAUGCAGCUUGAUGCUGUGAAUAAUAAUUCCAUGCCUCAACCUACUGAUCUUCCCAAGCUUAUGGAAUUUCAUGGGCCGUCAUGGUGUCUGACCCCAGCAGAGAGAGGAUUGUGUCAAGCCAAUGUGACCAGAUUCUACUACAAUUCAAACAUUGGGAAAUGCCGCCCAUUUAAUUACAGUGGAUGUGGAGGGAAUGAAAAUAAUUUUACUUCUAAGAAAGCAUGUCUUCGGGCUUGUAAAAAAGGUUUCCUCAAAAGAAUAUCAAAAGGAGGAUUAAUGAAAACCAGAAGAAAAAGAAAGCAGCCAGUGAAGAUAGUAUAUGACGAAAUUUCUGUUAAAAAUAUAUAA